AUGGCUUCAAUGAAGAUUCUCACUGUGGGCUCGCCCGCUGGUUCAAUCCGCGAGCUCUUCACCAAAGUCAAAGCCCUCGACGCGAAGCAUGGCAAGUUCGACCUCCUACUUUGCGUCGGCGACUUCUUCGGACAGCCCAAGGAGGAAGGGGAGGCGUAUUUGGAGGAUGACGAGGUGCUGCUGCUGCUGGAGGGAAAACUGGAAGUGCCCGUCGAGUGCUAUAUCAUGCAAGGCGAACAUCCACUGCCUGCUCCUGUGAUUGAAAAGUUUGCGAAGACUGGAAGUGCACUCACAAAGGGCGUGCACCUACUCCACAAGUCGGGAGUAAUCAUGACACCGAAAGGACUGCGUAUUGCCUGCCUUGGAGGUACAUACGAUUCCAAUCUAUAUGUUGCAUCUGAAUCGGCGCAUGGGUUCACCUCGCCCUACUUUACGUCACAGACAGUAGACAGACUACUGUCUAACACGCUGACCACCUCAAAACCCGGAGGUCAACAAAACUACACCUCGCUCGCCGCCAUCAAGGCCAAUGCGGCGACCUCCCAACUCGUCGACAUCUUCAUCAGCAACGCCUGGCCAUCAUCCAUUACCCAUGCAUCCAAUGCUCCUCUUCCCGACCCCGCUCUUCUGUCCAUUGGGGUUGACCCUGUCGCCGAGAUCGCCCAGAGAACGAAGCCACGCUACCACUUCGCUGCGGGCGGAGGGAGCCCGCCAAAGUUCUGGGAACGUGAGCCGUUCGUGUGGGACGAGGACAACGGGCGCGUGACGCGUUUUGUGAGUCUGGGCGCAUUUGGCGGGCCGCCGACGGAGGGCAAGAAACAGCGAUGGUUCUAUGCGUUCAGCGUAGCGCCAGUCACCCCAGACAGUCCGCCACCUCCUCGACCAGCGAACGCUACGCAAAACCCAUUCAUAGGAGAGGUCGCGCGCCCGCCAAAGCGACCGCUUGAGUCGGAUGAGGGUGCGAACUACCGCUGGGGCGACGUAAAGCAGCCAGGGAAGCGUAGCCGAACAGAUGGAGAGCCGGGCAAGCCUCCGGCGGGCUACAAAUGCAAGAUCUGCGAGGCGCCAGAUCACUUCAUAACAGACUGUCCGGACCGAGCAAAACCAAAAGAAGGCUACAUCUGCAAGGUCUGCAACGAGCCCGGUCACUUCGUACGAGACUGUCCGGUCAAGAACGCGGUUGGUGAUACAGGGGGGCGAAAGCCGAAGGAAGGCUACGUAUGCAGAGCAUGUGGGAGUGAGAACCAUUUUAUCCAGGAUUGUCCUGUUGCAAAUCAGCCCAGUGCUGGCCGGGGCGGCGGUCGUGGACGAGGGCCCCCGAAAGAGAUUGCUCCCGACGAGUGCUGGUUCUGCUUGUCAAAUCCUAACCUUGCGAAACACCUAAUCGUCUCGAUUGGCACAGAGUGCUAUGUCACACUUCCAAAGGGUCAAAUUAUCCCUACACAUACAGCAAAAGACCACCCGAAUGCACCGAGGGUGCCCGGAGGCGGGCAUGUCCUCGUCGUUCCUAUCACCCACUACCCAACAUACUCCUCUAUACCUCCCGACCUUGCUCCCCCCAUUGUGAAGGAGACCGACCGGUACAAGGACGCACUACGCUCACUGUACGCCAAGCACGGUGCCGCACCGGUAUGUUUCGAGGUCGGCCGGCUCUCAGCCAAAGGUGGCCACGCCCACGUGCAGAUCGUGCCCGUCCCGGAAAAGCUCAAAGACAAGGUUGAGGCGACGUUCCUCGACGAGGGCCGCCGGCACGGCAUCGAGUUUGAGGCAGACGCAGAGGAGGCGCUCCGGAGCUGCGAGGGCGGGCGCGGGAGCUACUUCCGCGUCGACCUGCCCGACGGGCGGAAGAUGGUGCAUUUGCUCAGGGACCAUGCGCCGUUUAGCGUGCAGUUUGGACGACAAGUGUUGGUUAUGCUGUUGGGUAUGCAAGAACGGUUCGAUUGGAAAACAUGUCUACAAUCGGAGGAAGAUGAUAAGUCGGAUGCUGAGGCUUUCAAGAAGGCCUUCGGUCCUUUCGACCCUUCGUUCAUUGCAUGA